UUUGGGGCCGUUCCCGCAGUGUUCCCGUGCGGCGCAGAUUCCCGGGAUUGGGAAUAUUUCUCCGGGAAUUGUUAUUAUUUCUCCUUGGCGCGGACGAGCUGGGAGCGCGCGCGGGAGCGCUGCCGAGAGAGAGGGGCUCAACUCGCGGUCAUUGGGGGCUUCCCCGAGCAGGUCGGGACUAAAUCUGAGCCUAAAUCCAUCCUAAACCCCAAAUCCGGCCUCACGGAUCAGAACUCGGAGGGGAACUGGGAAUGGGUGGAUGGGAGCGACUACGGAUCCUCCUUCACAUUUUGGAAGGAGGGGGAGCCCAACAACAGCGGCAACAACGAGGACUGCGCCCAUUUGUGGAUUUGGGGCCAAUGGAAC